AUGGCAUCGAUACGGCCUGCCUUUUCUCAAUUGAGCGGCCAGUCCCUCAAGCCGCAAUGGCGACAGCUUCGACAGCAGCUACAAGCAUUAAAGAUCAGUCCUAGUUUGACGGGGAGGAGGACAGUGUCAACAGAGAGCUCGAGAUCGAACGAGCUGGUGCCGGCAGACAAAUCGGUCGAAGAUCUAGGCCAGGUGGUACCACUUGCUAGACAUGCGCGACCGCUGCCCGUGUCGCCGUCAUACUUCUCGCGCCAGACGCGGUUCUACGAUGCCUACACCCAGCUUCAGGCCCUCAACAGGAAGUAUGGGCAUCUCCCACCUGCACCACCCGGAUUGCUCGAGAGAGUGGCUUGGAAGCCGCUCAACGACUUCAGGUUGUCAGUGGGCGAGCAAGUGAAGGCGACCGAGUUCAAGAAGUGCAUGGACAUCGUCAAGAGGCUCAGCAGCAUUCACCCGUCGCUUUCGACACCCGCGAUUACGGAGGCAGUUCAGAUUUUCAAGCGAGACAUCAACCCAUACAGCAACAUGACAAAGCCCAUCCCCAUUGACAAGUUUGGACGGGCCCUUGGCGUUGGCCGCAGGAAGUCAUCGGUGGCUCGUGCCUGGGUCGUCGAGGGCACAGGAGAGGUGCUCAUCAAUGGGAAGUCUCUUGCGGACGCCUUUGGACGAGUGCAUGAUCGGGAGAGUGCCAUUUUUGCUCUACGGUCUACGGAGAGGAUGGACAAGUACAAUGUCUGGGCUUUGGUUGAGGGCGGUGGAACGACCGGUCAGGCAGAAGCUCUCACUCUGGCCGUGGCUAAGGCGCUGAUGGCACAUGAGCCAGCAUUGAAGCCGGCACUACGACGAGCGGGUUGCGUCACCCGAGACCCGAGAAGAGUCGAGAGGAAGAAGGCUGGUCACCUCAAGGCCAGAAAGAGCCCUACUUGGGUCAAGAGAUAA